AUGAUGCGAGAAGAAGAAGGUGGACCGAAGAAACUGGACCGUAACAAGCAUGCAGCUCCUCGCAGCAAUACCUCAACAAUUCCUGGUGCUGCGCCGCGUGUGAUUCCCGGAAUGACAGCUGCAGCGCCCAAGAAACUGAGCAAGAGUGCCUGUAAGAAAAAUGCGCAGGAGGCUGUUGAAGCCAAGGCUGCCGUGGACGAGGCAAUUGCCAAACUUGCUGGCACCACCUCAGAGGCACCGACAGAAAUGAGUCCGGUCGAGCUGUCUCCUGAGGAGAAGGCGAAAAAGGUGAAGAGUUUGCUGAAGAAAUUGAAGCAGAUUGACGCGAUCAAAGCGAAGAAGAUGAGUGGCGAUGUGCUGAACGACGAUCAGCUGCACAAGCUCGAGACUAAACAGGGCCUGCGAGACAAAGUGGCUCAACUCUCUGCGUAG